CCGCCCCGCCCGCCCGGCGGGCCCGGCGCGGGCGCUGCGUGCGGGCGGUGCGGGCGGUGCGGGCUCUGCGCCCCGCUCCGCUCCCGCUCUCGGCUCCGCGCUCCCCGCUCCGCUCCGCCGGGGCCCCCGGGGCUGCCGAGCCGCGCCGCGCCCGGGACAUGCGGCCGCCCCCGCCGGCGAGGAGGCGAUGAGGCUCCGCAGCGGCACGGCGCUCACGCUGCUGCUCGGCUGCCUGUGCGCGCUGCUCUCGCUCUCCUGGUACGGCGCCUUCGGCGGGCACAAAGGCGACGUUGUGGACAUCUACCAGCGGGAGUUCCUGGCGCUGCGGGACCGGCUGCACGCAGCCGAGCAGGAGAGCCUGAAGCGCUCCAAGGAGCUCAACCUGGUCCUGGAGGAGAUCAAGAGAGCACUGUCAGAGAAGCAGGCCCUGAGGGACAUAAACCGCACCUGGAGCAGCUUAUCUGACGAAACCAAGUUAAAACUGUGGAAUAUCACCAACAAGAAUGUGCUGCACCUUCCCACCAUCUUCCAUCAUUUGCCACAUUUGCUGUCAAAGGAGAACAGUCUGCAGCCAGCCGUGCAUGUGGGCCAGGGGCGCACUGGAGUGUCCGUCGUGAUGGGAAUCCCCAGCGUGAAGCGGGAGGUGCAUUCCUACCUCACCGACACCCUCAACUCCCUCAUCUCAGAGCUCACCCAGCAGGAGAAGGAGGACUCUGUCAUCGUUGUCCUCAUUGCUGAGACGGAUCCACAGUACACAGCUGGAGUGGCAGAAAACAUCAAAAACUUAUUCCCAAAGGAAAUACACUCAGGUCUCCUGGAGGUCAUUUCCCCCUCUCCACAUUUCUAUCCUGAUUUCUCCCACCUGCGGGAAUCCUUUGGAGACCCCAAGGAAAGAGUGAGGUGGAGGACAAAGCAGAACCUGGACUACUGCUUUUUAAUGAUGUAUGCCCAGUCCAAAGGCAUUUAUUAUGUGCAGCUGGAGGAUGAUAUUGUGGCCAAACCAAACUAUCUCAGCACGAUGAAGAACUUUGCCUUGCAGCAGCCCUCUGAGGAGUGGAUGAUCCUGGAGUUCUCUCAGCUGGGGUUCAUUGGAAAAAUGUUCAAGUCUCUGGAUCUGAGCUUGAUUGUGGAGUUCAUCCUGAUGUUCUAUAAAGACAAACCCAUUGACUGGCUGCUGGAUCACAUCCUCUGGGUGAAAGUCUGCAACCCUGAGAAAGAUGCAAAGCACUGUGACAGGCAGAAGGCAAACCUGAGGAUCCGCUUCAAGCCCUCGCUCUUCCAGCACGUGGGAACCCACUCCUCCCUGGCUGGGAAGAUACAGAAGCUCAAGGACAAGGACUUUGGCAAGCAGGCACUGCGGAAAGAGCACGUCAACCCUCCUGCCGAGGUGAGCACCAGCCUGAAAACCUACCAGCACUUCACCCUGGAGAAGGCUUACCUGAGAGAGGACUUCUUCUGGGCCUUCACUCCCACUGCUGGGGACUUCAUCCGAUUCCGAUUCUUCAAACCGCUCCGGAUCGAAAGGUUCUUCUUCCGCAGCGGGAACAUCGAGCACCCAGAGGACAAACUCUUCAACACGACCGUGGAGGUUCUGCCGUUUGACAGUCUCCAGUCAGAUAAGGAAGCCUUGCAGGAGGGAAGAGGCGCAGUGGUCAAAUACCGCAGGACAGCAGAUGGCUACAUCCAGAUAGGCUCGUUCUCCAAGGGUGUUGCAGAGGGUGAGGUGGACCCAUCCUUUGGGCCACUGGAGGCCGUCAGGCUGUCCAUCCAGACCGACUCCCCGGUCUGGAUCAUCCUGAGCGAGAUUUUUAUCAAGAAGGCAGAGUGAAGCAGGCGUGAGGCAGAGCAGACACUCUGGUGGGUCCCUGCUGCUGCUGCCCCUCCCCGCGGCGCCUUGCCCGGACCAGGCCAGCUCAGGGCCGGCUGCCAGGGCCAGCAUCGCCCUCCCAGCGGGGCCAGCACAGCAUCCACCUCUCCUGGAGAGGGGCAGAAAGCAGAACCUGUGCAAGGGGGGCUCUGCUCCCCUCCCUCGGCCCCUCGGGACACACGGGACAGUUUGGGGUCGGGGUGAGCUUCAGCGAGCGUGGGGACAAAAAGCACCUUCAGCCCCGGGCAGGGCCAUCCUUGGCUGUGUUGGGGACAGAGCAGCUCACACUGAGUCCUGCCACACCCCACAGGUGCUGGGAUGGGGGCAGCAGGGACUGAGGUCUGCCUUGCCCUCUCCCAGGAACCAGUCCUGGCCACAGCUGAGGAUUAAGAGUGCAAAGACUGACCCUCCUUCAGCAGAGGAGGAAUGAAUCCAAAGGGGUUGGAGCUAUGAUUAUGGCAGGGAAAAUAAAAAAAUAAAAUAUGCCACACUGUGCCUGCCAGCGUUGAACACAGCCCCUUAACUUGCAGUGAAGUCUCCAGUGUCUUCAUGCCUUGAGAUUGAGUGCAGAAACUGUCUUUUUUAAAAUAACUAUUUCAGUUAUUGAUUGAUGUGGGUUUUUUGGGGAAGGAAAAAAAAAAAAAGCAGAGGUAGCCCAGUUCAAAAAGUAGGGAUUAGUGUAAAUCCCAAUGUCCUUUCAGCUAUACACUGGAAUGCAUUAUACUACUUUAAUGUGCUGUAUUUUUUAUUAUUGGAUACAUUUGAUUUUUCAAGUACAUCUCUCUAUAUAAAUAUAUAAAACAAUGUGCACUGUAAUAAAAGCUAAAUUUAAACCUUU